UAUCCCCUUUAUAGACUGCAACUAUGGUUAGACUCAGAAUACAUUUCCAUACUUUCAACAUAAUAAGAUUACUAAAAGACUAAAUAAGGAAUAUAAGUGGGAUAUUUCUGUUCGCUAAGUAUUCAGGGGCUCGUAAGAAGGAAUUUCUAAGGAAUUUGGAAAUGUAUUGUAAACUUUUUGUCAGCUGCCUAACAAAUGACAAUGAAUACUCGCUAGCAAGCGAAAAGUUUUCAAGCAAAUGUGGUCAGCAAGCUAAUAGCCAAGUUGUGGCAUCGGCAGUGUGUAACUGCAUGUACGGUACAUUUACCAUUUUAAAAUAUACUCGUGAGUUUGUUCCUUAAGUGUAUCUAAAUCGAUACCCUGCGUCUGCUUAUGCAAAUGUUCGAAGUUUGAGCGUCGGCGAUUUUUAAACGGUGAUCUACUUUUUAAAAAAAACUUUUCACUUCGAUGAAUUCGGCUGGCUGGAGACGAUGGGCUCAUCUGAUGGUGAAACAGCUAACGCUGUGUUUCUCACUGUUUUUAUGCUGGGUGGACGCUUCGAUGUGGCCCCACUGUGACAAUGGAAAGCUUUGGCUUGAGAAGGACCUGCCUCGCUCUGCUGUGUACCGAUGUGCUGGGGCAUCCUGGUCAGAGUCCACCCAGAAACUCCCCAGCAUUGAUACCAAACAUCCAUUACAGCCAGCCAUGUCUGUCUGCAUGCAAACCCCCAUCACAUACAACCACACCAUCCCCAGCAGUGGUGCCCAUAGGCCAGUGGGUGCGCAGAGUGGGGAGUACCUGUUCUGUCCGCCCCAGCGUUGGCUACACAACCUGCAGCAUGGGGCAACCGUAUUCCUGUAUCACCCGUGUGCCCCUGCAUCAGAGCGUGUCCGUCUGUCUGUCCUUGCACACUCCUGUCUGUCCGAUUACGUCAUCACUCCGCACUAUGAACUCGGUGCGAACAGGCCUUUAGCCAUGGCCUCUUGGGGUCGUACUCUGGAGCUGUCCCACGUGACAGAAUCGGAGGUGUGCGGUUGGCUGGACGCGAAUGCAGCCAACCGCUUUGGGGGCAGGAAGCUUCAAAAGGAACAAAGACGAGAGUACCGUCUGUACCUGACACGGCCGGCAGGUGUCUCCCGGCUGACGGAGUCUGGAGAGAGAGGAGCACAGAAACCACUGGCUGUGCUGGAAGAGCAACAGGCCAGAGAGCAGUCUGUGAAGCGCUGCUGUGAGGGAGCUCUCUCCCGGCUCUGGGAGGGAGAUUCUGAGAUGGACAGAUGGAAGAAAAAGAGGAGAAGGAGAGCGAUCUUCAGAUCUUCAGAAGGACAGGGGGAGAAACGGGAGGAGACGUAUAAAGACGGUGUAAAUAGUGAGGCGGCGUCUCACUCGGAGCCAAACGGCACGGGGCCUGAACGAGUGCCGGCGCACAGGCCUGUCCGCCCGCCAGGGAGGGCCGCGGGAACGAGCGGGAAACCAGGCCAGGCCAUGACGGGGAGAGGGGCGGUGAACAAAGAGAGGAACACGGAGUUAAAACAAAGAGAGGAAGGAGCGGUGGAGAAAAUACCAGAGGGCGACUCGGGGGGCCAGCGGGAGGACGGGGAAACAUCCCGAAAGACUCACGACAGGCAAAGAGACUCCCAAACACUGGGGGCAGUGCAGGGCAGGGGGGAGGGAGGGGAAAAGCCGGAGAAGAGGGAGACGUCCCGGGAUCACGGAUACGGAGGAGACGCCAACACCGUGUCUGAACCGCACGGGGGGAACGGGCGCCCCAAGCCGAAACAGCAGACACAGGACCCAGAGGGCCAGCCGGACGGCAGCAGGGCGCGGCAGCGGGAUCCCGGGUGCUGUGGCUGCACGGGGGCUCCGGCGGAGCGUGCCGUGCUGGAGCAGAGGCUGCACACCCAGCGCACAGACGAGGCGGUGUGGGCGGCCGCGGCUCUGGGCUUCCUGCUGGUGCUGCUGGCCCUGUCCGUGCUGCACACCCGGCUGUACAGACACUGGCGCACCAUGCCCAGCCUGUACUGGUACCACCCGCAGCACGACUACGACAGCGUGGCAGACGUGGUGCGCAGGAGGCUGAAGAUGUCGGGAGGGAAGAAGAGGAGGGCCCCUCAGAGCCGAAGGCAGGAGUGUGUGCUCCUCCCCAGCUCCAGCACAGAGGACGAGUCAGAAUGAGCCUUCAUCCCUUCAUCCCUUCAUCCCUCUCCUCCUCCGCUGAACCUGCCCCUCUCCAUCUCAGCCCUCCUCCUCACACGGCAAACUGCUGCAUCCAGUCCGGGGUUCCAGGGUUUUGAUUGUAUAUAAUAUAAUAGGGAGAGGCACAGAGCUCUAGGACUGUCAGUUUUAUGGACAGCCGUCAUCGUAGCAAGCUCGUUUCGUUGGUUGCGAAAUCUAUUUAUGGAAAAGCGAUGGCAAUAAUCCUCAUCAAAACCACGCUGCAAAUGACACUUUCUAGUAUCCAGUUAGCGUGAUAGCUAGCAAGUUGUAUUUAUACUAUAUUUUUUAUUUUAAAAAGUUUUUAAUAUUGAUUUUUACAAAACCUUGGAUUUUAGUAGAAUCAUGCAUAUUGUGCAGGUUGCUAGUUUAUAAGCUAAUGUGGACAAAUGAGUGAGUGAUAGUUAGCCAGCAGAAGAUUUGAAUGUUCAUCCAGCCCCUGGAGUGAUUCCCAGCAGCACAGAAAAAAAGAGAAAUCAGCUUGAUAAUUAUCUUUAAAAUGAUGUAUGUAUGAAAAUGAAACGGUUCAUGAGAGACAAAGGUCAUUGAAAAGGUGAUGUACAGAACUCCAAGCAGUAAAGGAAUCACUUUCUUGUAA